GGCUGGUCGGUUUGCCGAGAUCUCCCAUCUGGCCGCGCAGCCGAGCACUCUUCCCUUCCAAGCCAGCACGCACUGUCUCGGCGAUAGCACCAGCAGCAUCCAAAGCUCUCCUCCGAUCUCGUUUUCAUUAGCCGUUCGGUCACUUGAUCUGCUCUCAUCGCACACAGUCGACUCAACAUUGGAUCGCACCGACAAUAUCCUUCGUCUGCGCCGCCGCUGCCUCCGCCUUUGAUCCCAGCGCACAAGCUUCUUUUGGAGAAUUUUUUUUUGUCUGCUCCAUUCUUUGACCCAUCCGCUGUUGACUUUGUCGCCUCACAACCCAUCGUUCGACUUUUCAAUUGCUCCGAAUAUCCCUUGAUUGUCCCCCCACUGCCUCCACACACUCGAAACAUCACCACCAUGAUCAACAUCCAGGAAGAGCACACCCGCAGCGCCUCGAGCCCAACUACUACCCCUCCUCUGCCUCGCUCCAAUGGCGAGCAGCCGAAAGACUCAAAGCCCGCCGCGCCUCAGGCAUCGAUCGACAUCCCGCCCAACGAGCUUCCCCAGGGACACGACCCAAGAAUCGGCCUUGUCAACGGCAGCGUCUCGCUCCCGGUCGCCCAGCAGCAGCAGCAGCAGCAGCAUCACCAUCACCACCAUGGCUACCAUGAUAUUGUCUGUGCACAUCUAUACCAUCAUGGUUUCUCUCAGGGUCGCUAUCACGACCUUGUUUUGCGUUUCGAGUGUCCCCCCACCGACGAUCGGACUCUGGCGCUUGAUCGUGCGGCCCUGGCGGCUGCAAACUUCAAGCUCCACCGCAUUGUGGCCUCGAGGAGCCCCUUCCUUUCGGCACGUCUGGAAGCUUGCGAACAAGAAAGAUAUUCGCUUCCGCUGACAAUGACGGUUGAGCUGUCGGACCCCAACCUCACCGUCGAGGGCAUCACGAUCGCACUCGGGCAUCUCUACGCCGGAUAUGCCCAGAGCCAAAUGAUGGGCCACUCAUCUCGCAUGCUGCGGUCGCUCCUGUCGGCCACACAGCUGCUCCAACUGUGGGAUCUGCAGAACAUGGUGUGCGAGUGCAUCAAGAACGACAUGUCUCGAGAGACGGUGCUGGACUACUGUCGGUUUGUAAGCCAGCUGCCUGAUGGCACUGGAUAUGGCCUGGCCAACCAGAAGAUCCGCGACUUUGUCUACCGCUUCCUCACCAAGGGCAUCGUGCGAGAGCUGGUAGACGAGCUCAACUCUCCUAUCUGGGGCAACCGUGGCGGAGAAGGCUACAAGGGGCUUGUCCGGAUGUUCUCCAAUCUGCCCUUUGAGUGGCUCAAGAAGGUGGUCGAGAGCGAGCAUUUUGAAGUCCCCAGCGAUAUGGAGAGAUACACUUUUGCCAAGGACGUGAUCGGUCUGAGGUCCCAGCGACGCAAGGGAAGCGCAAGCGGACAUGCAGCAGGUGAAGAGAACGUGCUGUUGUCCUUUGGCAGCGGCAAGACCCGGGGCAGCGAGGUUACGAUCGUGCGGAAGGCGCAAAGCAAGAGCCGCCUGGCCGAGUCGGGACGAAGCAGCGUCGGGAGCCACAGCAACGGCGCCGAGCGCAAGGUGUGGAAGGCACAGGCUCUGUGAUGCCGCCCGCUGAUAGACCGCAACAGACGAUGGCGGGUCUGGGUUUGUUGAAUGAUGCCGGAAGGCCGGCAGGUCUGAAUCGAUGCGCGCUCGAGACGACUUGCAACUCGAAGGCUUGUGCUCUGGCUGGGAUUAGCGUCUGAGCCGGACGGCACCAAUACGACGGAACAAACGGCGUCGCAGGGACUUCGCGUCCUGGCAAUAGCCUCCGCCUGAGCACUGUCGCAGAUCCGUGGGGGCUCAUGGAUACCAUGGGCCAAUCCUGCUCCGAGGACAUUGAUGUAUCGUCCUGGAGGUGCCCUUUGGAUCGUGAAUAGACACGUUCACAGAGCCAUGCAGCACCGCCUCUAUCUAUCGACAUCGCGGAUACCGUCGAUGAUUCCUCCAGGUAUCCAGAGCAGCUUCAUCCACC